CUUUUUAAUCUGUCUAUAUACACCCAAACCUAAACUCGAAGCUGAGCCAACGUGAUCAUACAGCCGUGGGCGGGUCAAUUCACGUAUGAUCGGGUGAGGGAGGAUUGCCGCUACUAGAGACCAGAUUUCAGUUGAGACUUUAGAGUAAAACAUCUCUUGCCGCAGAAACUAUCAACUUCCGAUUCCGACUUCUUCGCCGCAUGAAAUUCUGAUCCACAUUAAGAGAUUAAGGAGUUGUAAAAGAUGGCUGGCAAAGAGGAAGUAAAGCAACUUGAGGAAUGCUCUGUUUCCAAUGCCCUGGGGACAUGGGUUUUCUCAGUAUUGGGUGCUUUGGUUGCCAUUCCUGUUGGAAUAAAAAGGAAAUCGCUUGCUCCACUUGUGUUCUUUGGCACAACAGGCACCAUGCUGGACAUUAUUAUGGGGAUCAGCGCUUGCGAAAGAGAACAUGCAGAGCGUCAAAUGAAGCUUUUGGAAGCCGAAAAUUCUGCUACUGAUGCUGUUGUGCCAGAAUGAAGGUAGCAUUUCACUUUUAAGCUUGCUUGGCAGUUCAACUUAUACUGUAUCUUGCUUUCUUGAACAGCCGAAAAAUUUUCUGUUUUAAGGUAUGAUUAAACAUGUAUCUUGCUUAGCACAGUGAAGGUUCCAAGUUAGUGCAUCUCAUCUGUUUGCUAGUGUUUCUGGAAAAGUUAUGGUGCAACAACAUGUAGGUUAUGCUUCUAUGUAUCUUGUUGAAAUUUAUUUCAAUAAGUUUGUUUUUGGAUAGUUACUGAGAAUAAAACCCUGAUGUGUGAACUAACCCUGUCGGCCACUUACUGAUACGGUCAUCGGUCAUCGGUCAUGGCUUGCUGAGCCUUGAUCUUCAAGCUCUGAACAAACAUGUCACACACAUGGUUACAGCAUAUCUUCAAAAUCAGAUAUUGUCAUUAGGCAGACGAGACAAACCACACUAAUCAUGUAUACGGGGUGAUAGUAUUUACCCUUUAGCCGUUUACUCUUUUCUUUACCAUCAUGGAUGGAAACAUCUUUCCCUUUUUACUGGUGUGUUAAAUAUCUGAAUAUGUAAUUGAAGCCGCACAAACAUGAGGCAAUAGCUAGUUUGCUAUUUCUUCAGCAUGUUAAUUACAACAGUAUGUUCUUAACAUUUGAGAUCUUGAGGUUAAUACGUUAAAAAGAUAAAUAUCUUUUUUUUUUGGAA